AGCGGUGUAGCUGCUGUUUACAACUGUCGUAGUAAACAAAGUGAAUGGGAAUGCAGUUUGUCUUGUUUAGAUGCAUUUUUUGAUGAUUUGACAGAGAUUGAAUUCAAUACUUGAUGAUUUUGUAAGCUAUCUGUAGAUUACGAGGAAAGUUUUUUGUUUUGAAGUUUUCAACGAAUCCUUAACCAGAUUGAUCAUAAGUAAAGUGGAUUGACUUAAAGGAACUAGUUUGGUGGCUGCGAAGAUAUCAAGCCUAGAAAAAUUGCAGAAGGAGGAUUAUUGACAAAUUGACAUCUGAAUCUGGGAGCUUUGUCGCUCAGCCGCUGCUUCGGAUUUGUAGUUGAGUAUCAAGAUCUUACUGCAACAAUUCCAGUUCUUGAAUGAAAACCACCAGUGGAAACAGCUUACUCGUGCUAUCGUGCGUUCGCUUUUAUAAAGAAUCAAAAGGAGUUGUUAGGUUUUGAGCAACUGAGAACACAGGAAAUCGUAAUCGUGAACCACAUCCGAUAUCGAAUGAAGUAGGGAAGCUUGAGUGUAUUGUCAAGAAUCAAGGAGAUAUUCUGGCGAACUAAAGAGUUCACUAUUAAAUGAGGAUACUACUUACUCAAAUCUCGGUUGAUUAAUCUAAAGAUGGAGAAAGGAUUGGUAAUCCUCAUUUUAUGGUGCUUUUGGCUUAAUUCUUGGCAAGUAAAUGCAUUUGAGAUUGAAGUCAACCUAUCCAAAGAUCUUUAUGCAGUGAAAUACAACCAAGUGUAUUUCCUUUGCAAAGUAACAGGAACUGACAAGAAUGAUGUAACAGUGUCAUUUGCCAUAAAUGGACAGCCUAUUGUUAGACCUCCACCAUACAAACUCAGUUGGACGGAGGGUGGUAUUCUUAUGAUACGCCCCCUUUUUGUUGGAAGAUCUGAUGGACUGUAUGAAUGUGUUGCCAGCGAUAAGAAAGGAACUACAAAAAGGAAAGGUUUCCGGCUUACAGUCAAGGAAGAAAAAGAUCUGCCAAGUGGCUUUCCUCGAUUGGUAGUCACGCCAAAGUCAGCUUACCUUAUUGAAGGGGAAACAGCUAUAAUGCGAUGUGCUGCAACUGGAAAUCCACAACCACAGAUCAAAUGGUUUGUCUCCAAUAGGCCACUUAAUUUGUCACAUCCUAGGGUAUCAUUACUCUCUGAUGGCAGUGUGAAAAUUGUUAAUGUCACUAGAACAGGCAUGGGACUGUUUGAAUGCGAGGCCUCAAACAGCAUUGGGAGUAGAGUAUCUCGAAGAGCUGGAAUAUUUGUUAAAGAACGAGAAGUAAUAAGAAUCAGUCCCACUUUCACAAAGACCCAGCAAGAUAUAACUGUGGACCCUGAAUCAUAUGUGACUUUGAGCUGUGCUGCAACUGGAAAACCCCAGCCAGUCUUUUCAUGGUUCAAAAAUGGCAUGCUUCAGGCAGGUGGCACUGAUGGCUAUUUCCAUAUUCGAUAUAUCCGGGAGUCAGCCAAUUACACAUGUCAAGCAAGAAAUGAUGCUAAACGUACUGCUGAGAGCACAUCACAAGUCAUUGUAAGGCCAAAGCCUUUUAGACCAUCUGAAGCUCGGCUUGUUAACAAAACUGUGACAUCAAUAACAGUAACAUGGAGUCCAAAUCAUCGUGAAAGAAAUCCAAUCACAGGAUAUAUAAUAAAAUACAGGAUCAAGGGAACAACUGCUUGGAGCCAGCAGCUUGUGAAAGCACCUGUAAUGGUUUUUACAUAUGGGGGUCUCAAACCUUACACUUUUUGUGAGUUUCAAGUGAUUGCUGUUAAUGAUGCAGGCCAGAGCCGGCCAGGGAAGAUUGAUUACUUUGUUAGUGGAGAAGCUCCUCCUGAAACCCCAGCAAUUAACCUUCUUGGAAAAGGUGUGAGUGACACAUCCUUCAAUGCAACUUGGGAUAGGCCCCUUGUACCAAAUGGUCGCAUACAGCGCUUCAGAGUAUACUAUACUGUAGACAGAACGGAGAAGCUGUCAGACUGGUCUCUUGCUUAUGCUGGACGCACAUGGAAGCUAAUAGGAUGGCUGGAGGACCGAAUGGUUUAUUAUUUUAGAGUUCAGGUUGUUGGUGUUGCGGGGCUAGGACCAUUGUCAGAAAUAGCUGUUGUGAAGGCACAGGCUGGUGUUCCUGGUCAACCUAAAAGCGUUGUUGCCAGGGCAAUGGGAGCAAGAUCAAUAUCUGUCUCAUGGACUGAACCAACGUACCACGGAAGUGGCCUAGACGUGUAUGAAGUGCAAUACGAGUCAAGUUUUGGUCGUUUCAACAAGACUGCUGAAUUUGGCUCAAAGUCACUUGUCCUUACUGGAUUAUCCCCGUAUACACAAUAUACAGUUUAUGUAUUGGCCAAGUCGUUCAGUGGCAUAGGACCACCAUCCGAGCCACAAAAAGUAACGACGUUCGAAGACAAACCAACCGGACCACCCCAAAGUGCCCGUGCCCGGCCGAGAAGCUCUACAUCGAUCAAAGUGUUCUGGCAACCCCCUCUUCCUCGUCACCAAAACGGAAUUAUCAAUGGCUACAAUAUCAUGUAUACUCCUAUCAGAGAUGCAACACCUGCUGUACUUUCAGUUGAUGGAGCCCAAAGGUCUGCUCUUUUGACUGGCCUGCGUAAAUACACUAAAUACACCAUUUGGGUAACAGCAAAAAAUUCGAAAGGAGAGGGACCACCGACAAAUAAAUUUGAGCUUUUCACGGACGAAGAUGUGCCAGAGGGUGCUCCAAGAGAUAUUCUAGCCCAGGCUUUGAAUGAUUCCGCGUUGUCUGUGAGCUGGCAAGAACCAAUUGAAAAGAGUGGAAGAAUUCGAGGGUAUUUUGUGUAUUAUUUACCAGUCACCGAUGACUAUCAGGUUAUUCCCGACAAGACCCUCCCAUUUUCCUACGAUGCAGACAGCUCUCAAGAUCGCCACGCAGUUGUUGUUAAAAAUGUGGAGCCUUCAACGACGUACCGUAUCACCGUUGCUGCAUACACUUUAAAGGGUGAUGGGGCUCGAAGCCAUGCUGUUUACGUUAAGACCCCAAAGCGUCUGCCCCCAGCCCCGGUGAUCAGGCGAACUACAUUACUCAGCAAAACGGGCACGAGUCUCAAACUAGUCUGGAGGCCAAGGAUGGCCGUACUUAGAUAUAAGAUUGUAUAUGGCAAAACCAUUUCUCAAUACGACAGCCUAGCUGGUGAACGGACAGUUUACGUCAGUGUCUCGAAUAGAACCAAGAUAUUUAACGACCUGGACUAUGGUGUUUGGUAUUGCUUCAAAGUGUCAGCUGAAACUACAACAGAUUGGUCAUCAGAAGCACAGACUUGGGUGAAAAUGCCCGAUGGAAAGCCGACUGGGCCACCGUUAAAUGUACGUGCAGUAACCGGGUCGGCUUCUUCAAUUAAAGUCACAUGGGAGUCACCUGAUCCAUGGCAGCGUAAUGGAAAAAUCACCAAGUAUGUUGUGAGAUAUAAGAAAGUGACUGGAGGAGAAACUAUGCGAAAGACGUUAACAGCGGGUUCUAGUGAUACGCGUCUCGAAAUGAUUGUCGAGGAUCUCCAAGUGAACACGAUGUAUUUGUUCAGUGUCCGUGCUUUCACCUCUGUCGGACCAGGCCCUUCAAGCUUGGAAGUGAGAUCGCAGACAGAUGAUCAAAAGUUACCCGUCGUUCCAUCAGUGGAGAUUGGUGAUGUGACCAGUGAUUCAGUAUAUGUUGAAUGGAAGCAACCUUCACAAGCUUCCGAAUUCAAAAUAAUUGGCUACAAGGUCUCAGUGGCGGGCUCCCGAUCAUACAGAGAUGAAACAAGCACGAUCAAAACGGUUAGCAGCUUUGCUGAAAAGCAAAUCACACCUCCUGCCACCUCGGCCUUCUUUGGAAACCUUCAGGCUUUUCUCCACUACACCGUCUCCGUCAGGAUUAAUACAACUGUCGGCAUAGGGCAACGUACUGUUGCUAACUUCAAAACAAAUAGUGCUGCCCCACCAGCAGCCGAGCCCCCUAGAAGUGUGCAAAUUGUGAAGAACAACCUCAUAUCAGUGGUUUUGUCGCCUGCUUCAGACAUUAAUGGGCCAAUAGCGUUCUACCAUUUGUGUGUCUUGGAUCUCGGAGAAAAAAGCGGCACCUCAGCUGGAGUGAGAAAAAGACGAUCCUCUAUAAAAACACAAACAUACGUAACUGCAGAACUGAAACCAGCAGAACUUCCUCGGGGUAUUUUAGUUGGAGAAGGAAACAAGAUUGGGGGUUAUAAAAACAAGAAACUCAGUCCUGGUCACACAUACAGACUAUUUGUUAAUGUACACGUAAGACAAGGUUCCAGAUACGUCAACAGAACAAGCCCAGUCACAGACUCUGUCUUUUUACCCAUGCCUGAGCCAGACAAGAAAGUUACAAAUGCUAAACAGGAAGGCUCCGCCGCGUCCAAUUCUGGCGGUGGUAGUAAUGGCAUUUUGAUCGGUGUUAUCGUAAUUGGUGUCAUCUUUGUCCUGUUGAUUAUUGGCGCUGUGACAUUUUUCAUAAGAAGACGAAAGCCCAGUCCACCGCGCGACGAGGAAUCCAGCAAAAUCCUCCUUCAGAAGAAAAGUGGUUCAGUCAGAUAUGACAAACCUAAGGAUUUAGUUGAAAUGCAUCGUAUGACGUAUCCAACAGUUGAAAUGAUGAGCCACCCACCAAUUCCCGUAGAAGAAUUCGCAAAACAACUGGAUCUUCUCAAAACUGAAGACUUUGAACAGUUUAUUCAAGAGUUCGAGUCCAUUAAACCUGGUGAGAAGCCUAUUUCAGAGGAAUCAAAUCAACCAUACAACAAGUUGAAAAAUAGAUAUCCAAAUCUUCUUGCUUACGACAAGACACGAGUAGUUCUGUCAUCAACUGGUGAACCUGGCUCAGAUUAUCUCAACGGAAAUUAUAUUGAUGGUUACCGCAAAGAAAGAGCAUACAUAGCAACUCAAGGACCAAUGGAAAAUACGGUGGCAGAUUUUUGGAGAGCUUGCUGGGAAAACAACACACGAACGAUUGUUAUGAUGACUAAACUAGAAGAAAGAGGAAGGAGUAAAUGUGAGCAGUACUGGCCUAGUAACGACAUUGCUAAUUAUGGACGAAUCAGAGUCAUGAAAAUCGAUCAACUGGAACUUGCAAACUACACGAAAAGGACAUUCCAGAUAGCCGAGGUUGACGGAAAUGAAACGCGUGAGGUGAAGCAGUUCCAGUUCACAGCUUGGCCCGAUCCAGGGGUGCCACGAAACCCAGCACCGCUACUCAAAUUUAUAAGAAGAGUCAAAAAGGAAAACGAAGAGGGAUCUGGACCAAUUAUUGUCCACUGCAGUGCUGGUGUUGGAAGGACAGGCUGCUACAUUGUAAUUGAUUCAAUGCUGGAAAGGAUCGACAGUGAUAAUACAGUAGAUAUUUAUGGAUAUGUGACCAUGCUUCGGUCGCAGCGAGAUUUCAUGGUUCAAAAUGAUGAGCAGUAUAUAUUUGUCCAUGAUGCCGUCAUGGAUGCCAUCGUAUCAGGAUCGACUGAGGUGGAGGAGAGUGAACUCGUCAACUAUUUCAAAACACUGACAAGCCUUAACAAACGAGGCGGCGAUGAUUUAGAAGAAGAUUUUAGGGUUAUUGUUGAUGCAACAGUCCCGAACACUGGAAAUUUCACAUCAGCACAUUUAUCAAUUAAUAAGGAAAAGAAUCGAUGCCAGUCAAUUGUUCCAUACGAAUCAAAUCGUGUCUGUCUACAACAGAUUCGUAACCACGAUGGAUCCGAUUACGUCAACGCAAGUUACAUUGAUGGUUACAGAGAAAGGAAGGCAUUCAUAGCUUCUCAAGGCCCCAAAGAAGAAGACACUGAGGAGUUUUGGCGAAUGAUUAUGGAACACAACUGCUCUAUCAUUGUCAUGCUUACAAAUCUAGAAGACAAAGGAAAGGAAAUGUGUCACAAGUACUGGCCAACUGAGAAAUCGGAAAGGUAUUUCUAUUACGUCAUCGAACCUGUAAACGAGACCAGACAUGCGCACUUUUGUGUUAGAGAGUUCAAAGUAAUGGAUGCGAGGGAUGGAGAAGCGCGAACAAUUCGUCAAUUUCAGUACAUCAAUUGGCCUAAAAAUGGUGUACCGCUUUCGUCAGAGGGUGUUCUUGAACUCAUAGGACAAGUUGAUAAGUCGAAAAAUGAACUUAAUAAUUCGGGACCAAUAGUAUGCCAUAGCAAUACUGGAGCUGGCAGAUCUGGCGUGUUCAUAGCUCUUAGUAUCGUAUUGGAAAGACUGCAAGCAGAAAACGUUAUAGACAUUCACAGGACUGUGAAAAGCCUACGAAUGGAAAGACCAUUCAUGGUACAAACUGUCGAACAGUAUCGUUUUUGUUUCAUGGCUGCUAUUGAUUAUUUACGGAGCUUUAAUUUCCCGGUAUGAUUCACCGAUCAAUGCAGUUCCGGCAUUCAUUACACAAGAGUUGGCUGAAACAGUCACAAAAAGUUUUAAUAAGCGCUCCGUCCAUAGCUCAAUACGAGUUGUCGAAGACGAAGAGGCAUUGUGAAUGUUUCUACAGCUGUAUCGUUGACUGCAAGGCCAUGCUGAGGUUGUCCCUUCAAUUGGAAACUACAAGGAUCUGAGAUUGGUGGCUAAGAUAAUCUUUCAUUAAGCUUUGUCUAGACAGCGUAUAUUAUUUAGCCUGUGGGUCGUCUCAUGACUCGCUGAACAGAAAGAGAACAUGGACUUCUUGGCGCACAUGGCCUUAGGGUGUAUACCACAUUAUCUCGAAGAUAAUCUAGUCUGCUAAUGUGACAGAGAAUGCAAUGUGUAUGACACUAGCUAUAGGUGUAAAGUAAUUAAAGGUUGUUAUGUUUCUUUAUCUCGGGUGGAGUUUGCUGUUUUAUUUCCCAGGUUUGGAAAAUAGGAAAUGACUGAGUCAAAAUCUGCUUAGGUUGGAAUAAUUAAGCAACUUAGGGGCGUAGAUGAAACAGCUUUUUAUCUUGCUCAAAAAUGUACAAAUUGCUGUCCAACAGGCAAAAAUUCCAAAGUUUUGCAGCUUUGAAUUGUUUAGAGCUCUAUACUGCUAUUAAUAAAAAUUUUAUUUUAGAAAUGGCAAAUUGAUAUGUCCUACCUGCCCCCUUAGAAAAGGAAUAGAUGGAAGUUACCUUCUUUUUAAGCGGAUUGCUCGUUAUAGUGAAGGAGUAUAAUAAGAUUGUUGCUUGUUAGUGUUGUUGGUGUUGCCUCGACCAUUGGUUUUAGAGCUUCUUUGUAAAGGAUAGGAUUUUAUAAUUUGUUCUAUGUCUUAUUGUUCAAAGAAGAGGCAUUGCUAAAUUCUUUUAUGCUGCAGUUAAUUUUCAGGUAUCGAAUAUGCCAUAUUGUCUGGCAGUUUGGUAUAUUCUCAAAUUGGUAAAUUUUUUUACCAAAAAUCGUAAUAUCGCUUGUUAAAAGCUUUUUAUGUAGAAAGUUAGUAAAUGUAAAUGUUGACAAAACGUGAUUAUCGUGUAUGAAUUAAUGUAAUGUUUAAAUACUCGUUUUACCUGUUUGAUACCGUUUAUACAGAUGUUGUGUUUA